GCCUCCAUAGGAUCUUCAUUUCUGCGCACCUUUUCAAGCUCAUUCUCCUAUCUCUAUAUGAACUAUGAUCUAUGGCUAGUUGGCUAGAUUCUAACCAUAAUUCUAACCUCAUAUUUGGUUAAAAAAUAAAUAAAUUUUAAUGAAGUAAUCUCAACUCAAAUAUUUGGCCGAAUAUCCGUACUUAAAUCGUUAAAACAUUAAUAAUUGUAGAAUAUAUUAAUAUCAAAUUUACAUCACCAACAUUGAUCGACAAUCACCAAAUUUUGUAUUUUUCAACUGAAAAUGGAAAAUAGUAUGGAUCAAGAAAAAAAAGUGUCUUAUUUUGAUCAAAUUUCCAUGAUAAUGUAUGGACUGGGAGACAGUCGUGAUAGAAAUCCUGAAACUGUUCGUUUAGUGGAAAGUAUAGUUUUAAAACAACUUCAAGCAAUUGUGGAAGAGGCAUUAAAAUACUCCGAUGGUGUAACACUUAAUGGUGAAAAUUUAGUUUUUUUAUUGAGGCAUAACAAAACAAAAAUGCAGAGAUUUGUAAGAUAUAUUUUCAAUAAAAUAUCAGCUAAGAAAUUAAGGGCCCAAAGCAACCUCGACUCUGAUGUCAUUGAAUCUAACUGUGAUGUUCCUCCUAAAAAUAAUUUGUUAGACUUUAUAGAAAGAAUUGAUGAAACUGGAGAAUUUACAGAUCUUUCUGCAGUGGAUGAUGUUAAAAAAGACCGUGAAAUUAGGGCGGCUUUUAUUUCAAAAGAAUUAGAUGAUAAGGCAUAUUUAGAUUUUCAGAAAGCAAGAUGCGCAUCAUUCAAAGAAGUAGGAAGUGGAUUCAAGAAUUUGAAAUUAUGGGUUCAUCCAAAAGAAACCAUUAAAUUCACAUUAGAUGCACUGGAUGUUCUUUCAUAUUUUGCUUAUCAAACAGUAGCAGAAAUUGUUGAUUAUGCAUUAUUAAUUCGCGGAGAUAUUAGAACAGGUAAUGAUCCACUUAAAAUUACACCUGGGUCUUAUUACACAUCAACUAUGUUUAAUGGAUCACAUAGAGAUGAUAAAAAUGCUGAUUCCAGUCAUAUUUAUAGCAAUCAGCCGCCUAUUACUGUUAGUGAAAUAUUAGAAGUAAUGAGAAGGGUCCACAAUCCACAAACUGGAAAGCUUAAUUUUGGUGGGAAGGUACCAGAAACCCAUUUUCUUUUUGCAUUAUAAAGUUUUCUACUGGAUUGUUUGUUUAUUUAUUAAUUUGAUAUUCCUGUCUUUAUGUUGAUUCAUAUUUUGUAAUAUAGUUGUUCUUUUUUAAUGCA